AUGGUCGAAAUAGGACACUCGCAACUAUUACUAGCACGAAACAAUUUGGCUGGAAAAAUCCCUUCAUGCUCUCAAUUAGUGACCUUUGAUGCCUCCAGCUUUUUCGGCAACGAAAUUUGCAGAGUCCCAUUUGAAGAGAACUGCACUGUAAUUAAUGAAACACCUAAAGGAGAAGGAGAAGGGGAGAAGGAAGCGAAUGAGGUUUAUGUGAUCAUGGGCCAUGGAUUUGUGAAUUUGCAUAAGUCUGCAGAUUCGGCAGCUGCUCAAAUUCUUUUGAUCAUUGUCGCUAACAAGGGAACACAAAUUCCAAGCUUCUUAGGUUCUUUGGAAAGCUUGAAAUAUCUUAAUCUCUCUCAAGCUGGCUUUUCAGGAGUGAUCCCUCAUCAGCUUGGAAAUCUGUCAAAUUUGCACUACCUUGAUCUCCAAGCUGGUUCAGUGAUAGGGGAUUUACAGGUUGAGAAUCUCCAGUGGCUUUCUGGUCUUUCUUCUCUAAAACACCUUGAUUUGAGUGGAGUAAACAUCAACAACGCCUCCAACUGGCUACAAGUGACAAGCACUCCCUUCUUUGAUAGAAUUACACUUGUCAAGCUGCAUCCCCUUCCAUCUUCCUUCUGUUCCUUUCAUUGCUUUUCAAAACGGUUGGAGUCGCUGGUUAUGAGGAGUUCUCAACUUUCUGGUCAUUUGAUCAAUAGACUUGGGCAAUUCAAAAGUCUUGUUGAACUUGAUCUAACAAGGAACUCAAUUUCUGGUCGACUUCCAGAAUCUUUAGGGGAGCUUUCAUCGCUCAGAUCACUGGGGCUUGCUUCGAACAAAUUGAAUGGAACCCUCCCAGCAUCUCUAGGACUACUUGAAAAUUUAAAAGUACUACAGAUUUCUUCUAAUUUGCUUGGGGGUUUUGUUUCUGAAGUUCACUUUGCUAAGCUCACAAGAUUGGUGUAUUUCCAAGCAUCCGGCAAUCAACGAAUGUUGAAUGUAAGUCAAGAUUGGAUUCCUCCUUUCCAGUUGCAAACCAUAGGAUUAUCUUCUUGGCAUUUAGGUCCCCAGUUUCCCCCUGGCUUCAAACACAGAAGAACUUCUGGUACCUGGAUCUUUCAUACUCAAAUAUUUCAUGCCUCCAUCCCUGAAGAGCUCUGCAGUCUAGCUUCUUUGCAAAUCUUAGACCUUCCUUACAACAAACUCCUUGGAAGCAUCCCGAGAUGCGUCUCGAACUUCAGUGCCAUGACUACAAUGAGUAAUUCUUCAAACAACUACUUAGGAUAUAAUCCAUUCCCUGGAGUGUUUUAUGAGAAUGCAGUUGUUGUGAUGAAAGGGAGAAUAGUAGACUAUGGCACUAUUCUGCAGAACUGCACCGUAUCGCCUAAAGUUGAAGGUGGAGAAGGACAAGAUCAGCACAGGGAAGUGAUUGGGUUUUAUGUGAGCAUGGCACUUGGAUUUGUGGUGAGCUUUUGGUCAGUACUUGGCUCCUUGAUUAUUAACAGGAGAUGGAGGCACACCUACUUUCAGUUUUUGGAUCGAAUGAGGUACAAAUCCGAGGAUGUUCUACGUAAGUUUAGCCAGAGAUUAUCUGCUUCCUUGAAGUGUCAUGUUGUAGAUUAG